AUGCGUCAAGGUGGACCUGUACGAGCCGCAGGCAAACAAGAACUCACGUCCGAGCUCGCGAAGCUUUGCAUGAUAAAAGAAAACCUCAAAGCGAGGAGACCAGAACCGAAGGAGCCGAAAGGCCGAAGCUACAGAGGCGGGAAAGAGCAUUCGCUACGCCCGUCGAGAAUUCGCCAAUCGAAAAGCGAGGAUGAGUCCUCACUGGAACCGGAAGGGAACAACCAUAGCAUCGAGCAGGGGAAUGAAGAAAAUCAUUCACAAGUUCUUUUCUGCUCUUUUCGACACCCAUGUCCACUUGCCUCCUCACCAUCUGAGCGAAGACGGACAUGUCAGAGGUUCUCCCGUGCAAAGCACGACAUGCCAUCAUGUCAGUAA